UAUACAGCAACAUGGACAAAGUGAGCAAACAAAACUUUACAUAUUAAGAAGAAAUUAAUUUACAUAUAAUUUGCAUGAUUGCAUGCAUUCAUAGCCAUUGUAGGUUUUGAUUUAUAAUCAUAGGAUUAAUCCAGGAGGACGGACUGCGGAGUGACAACAACCAGACUGGUUUCCUGUUCACGUGACCCACUCAGAUCUCCGGCCGUGACAUCUGCAAAAUGGAGGACCGUGAAGCUAAAGAGCCCGAGCAGCUCAGAAAGCUGUUUAUUGGAGGUCUGAGCUUUGAAACCACGGAGGAGAGUUUACGGGCCCAUUUUGAACAAUGGGGAACUCUCACGGACUGUGUGGUGAUGAGGGACCCCAACAACAAGAGAUCAAGAGGGUUUGGCUUUGUGACAUACGCUGCUGUAGAGGAAGUCGACGAAGCCAUGAAAGCAAGGCCUCAUAAAGUUGAUGGCCGAGUUGUUGAACCCAAAAGGGCAGUGUCCAGAGAGGACUCCAAUAAACCAGGCGCCCAUCUGACGGUGAAGAAGAUCUUUGUUGGCGGUAUUAAGGAGGACACUGAGGAGUACCACAUUCGGGAGCAUUUUGAGAAAUAUGGAAAGAUUGAAUGCAUUGACAUCAUGGAGGAACGCUCCACUGGGAAGAAGAGAGGAUUCUGCUUUGUCUCCUUUGAUGAUCAUGACACUGUAGACAAAAUUGUUGCCCAGAAAUUCCACACAAUCAACUUCCACAAUUGUGAGGUCAGAAAAGCUCUCUCAAAACAGGAAAUGAGUGCUAUAUCCACUACCAGGGGCAGGAGUGGAGGAUCUGGAAACUUCAUGGGGAGAGGUAGUAAUUUUGGAGGUGGUGGCAACUUCGGUCGAGGUGGCUAUGGUGGAGGACGAGGUGGUUAUGGCGAUGAUUUUGACAAUGGUCCAGGAGGAAAUUAUGGUGGAGGACCAGGUUAUGGAGGGGGUCGAGGGGGCUAUGGAGGUGGUGGUGGUGGUGGUCCAGGGUAUGGCAACCAGGGUGGUGGAUUUGGUGGCAGCUGUGAUGGAGGUUACGGAGGCAAUGACGGAGGAUAUGGAGGAGGUGGAAAUUACAACGACUUCGGAAAUUAUGGUGGACAGCAGUCCAACUAUGGACCCAUGAAGGGAAACAACUUUGGGGGCAGAAACUCGGGUGGACCCUAUGGUGGUGGCUACAGCUCUGGUGGUGGCGGAGGUGGCUAUGGCUCACGGCGAUAUUAAUUAUUUCAUGUUUUGAUGUGGAAAGAGGCAUUCUCUUCUUGCUGAAAAUCUGUAAAGACCUGAUAACAUGGAAGGUUCUGGAUGGGUAAGACUUUUCUAAAUAUUAUCCAAGGCUGCUUAUAUUGUAAUCUAACAGUGCACAUGGUGAUUAUACAAGGUGCAGGGGUUCCUUUGAGGUAAAAAGAGCAGUAUGACACCCAGUAUUGCUCCACUUUGACCGGAAUCAGCCUGCGACCUUCACCACACAUCUUGGAAUACCCUCAAGGCAAAAAUGUUUCCAUGUUUUAUUACCUUUGCUAUCAGUCAGAUAGUCCUGAUAAAGUUGAUUGUGAUGAAACACCCUUGGGGAAACAACAAAUGAUCAUGCUUGGGAAAGAUGAACAGUAUUUACACUCACUUUAUUAGGCACACCUAUACAAUUUAUUACAAUUCAAGAAAACAGAUCCUACAUAAAUUCUGCCUUUACAAAGUUCAGCUUUUGUUGACAUUGUCGGAAAUGUAUAACUUCAAUUAUAGGUUUAUUACUGAGGUCACAGUUAAAGUUCUAAUAUUUUGUCCUCUACACACAUGAUGGGGACAGAACACUUGUUAAUAUAAUGUAGUCUAGUUACACCACCACAAAGUAUAACCUCAGUAUUAAAACAUUGAAUUACCACCUUAAUGUCAGUGUCAAAACAAAGAACACUAUUGGCAUUAUAAAAGUGGACUUUCUUUUUAAAAUGUUAUAGCACUAAUAAAUUAAAAAAGUAGAAUUGAUGGCAAAACAGUUGUAUUGGAUUGCAUUAGAUUGUACAUGUGAACUUAAUAAAGUGGCCACUGAGUGUAUAUACUAAUGCCAAGCUGUAAAAAAUAAAAGUAUGGAAAUCAGGUCCUUGCCAGUCUGUGUAAAUAAGCACGACAAUGUUAACAUAAUAGAAAAGCAUUUGUAGGUAACUUGAUUAUUACUACGAAAGGCAGGCCACAUACAGUAAGUAUAAUGCAAAAAUAGUAUUCAAUUUAAAAAAAAAAAAAAAAAAAAAGUGUAAUCGGCAACAUGAAACAUCUAACAGGCCUCAUGUCAAAUCCUCUGCAUUAAUCACAGGGGCAUCCCCCCCCCAAAAAAAACUGAUUUAUGAUUUAUUAAGCAAUUUUACGUGGCAGUCAAAUGAACAUACAGAAACAUGGGCAAACUGUAUCAACAGAGAGGAACUGUGGUCACAAGUUGAAACUAUCCAACAGUGUUAUGACAGAGUAUACACAAAUACUCAUAGUUGUCUACUCAGUCUAAAAAUAAAGAACAAUGCCUGCUGAUGUUUAUUAUUUUUUUUAUCAGUUCAAGGAUAGAGUUUCUGCAGAGGAAUGUAGAACAACCAACUCAAUUACACAGACUAAACCUGUGCUUGGCAUAAGCACGCCAGUGUCAAUAAACUAUGUUGGCCUAACAGUAAGAUAUGUUAAGUGUUACUUGUGCUUUUAAAUAAAAAUAUUUUUCAUGACUUGAGUGUUUAAUUUCUGAAAGCAAAAUGCUGAGCUGUGAAUGUUUGUUUGUAAAAAUACCACUGUUCUCAAUGUGAAAAGGUUUCAUUGAUUUACAGAUGUCCUUGAGUCUCAAACCGGUUUAGUUUGCCACACCCCCUCUGAAGUUUGUAUGGAGAGCAGAAACUGGGCUGGGUGAAAGGUAGUGUUUGUGUGUGAAAGUGCACUUAGAGCACAUACUGAUUGUGUAGGGCUGUACCUUUGAAUAUGCUUUCCUGGGUUGGACCAUUGAGAAGUUGUCAUGCAUGGUUUACACUGAACAUGCUCUACUGUAGUUUGACAAUUGUGCUCUUUGUUGUGUAACAUAAGAAUGCAGUGGGUGUGAUUUCUUUUGCAACAGUUUUUCAGUAUUCAAAGAUUUAGGGUACUGUACAAACAAGCUGGCUCUAAUAAAAAGCAAGCAGAUUGUAAAAGUUUUUUAAGCCAGUAACUCUUUAGUGUCAGUACAAUAUUUUAUUUGCUUAUUUGUGAGCCCUUUGGUAGAGCCUUCAAGUCCAGAACUGAUUUGAACACGUGGUAAGUUAUGUAAUCAUUCCUUAGACUAUAUAUCCAUCUGGCAUCAAUCUGGUGCAGGCCAUAGUACACCACACAAUGUUCUUUCAGAAAAUAGGAGGCUGCAUAGCUAUAGGAAUACUUUAUUGAAAAGCACAGAAGUCAAGGUUUUAUAAAAGAACAUGGGCAGCAAAUCAUAAAGGGACAGUUAUAAAAUAUGAGUAACAAUGAUUGAAACAUUAGCUUACAGAAAUAUAAUAUAUACAAUAUAUACACAGAGUAACGGUUGUAUCAAUCUCAAAAGCAAGUAAUGUUUAUAUUUACAAACAAUAUUGGUUAAAGAAUCUGUUUAAGGUAUCCGAGUACAAAAGAAGUAAAAUAUCAAAAAUAUUACAACAUUCAAGA